CUCCUGCUGCAAGCUUGUCUGCAAGGGACCUUCCAUAAACCGUUUUAAUAGACCAGACCCAAUUCCGCAGUAGCCAGAGCGCAACAGGCAGCUCCACUGCAAUCGGAAAAUCCUGGAAGUUUUCCACACUGGCUUAGCUCUGACUCUCACGCAGUCCCGUCCCCCCACUCUAAAACUUUGCUGUCAUAGGAGAAGGAUGUGCCGGGCAGAGGGGCGGGCCUCUCCCCUCUGCCAAACACACCUCCCCCCGGGGGGGCGGGGGCAGCCCCUUAAAAAGGCCCAGCUCCGGCCGGCGCCUGCAGCACUAGCCAACGCAAGAGCAGCCGCGUGGGGUGAGCUACCUCUGCUUACUCUAGGAGCCGGAGUCGCGCCGUCUGUGAAAUGGGUCUAUCGCGCGGCAAGCUCUGCUGCCUGGCUCUGGUGGGCUUGGUGACCCUGGCGGGAGCCGCGAUACUAGCCGUGCUCCUGACCCGGUCCCGGUGCGCUCCUCCGAGGUACCCUCGGGCAGCGGUGGCGGCGGACACCCAAACCUGUUCCGACAUUGGCAGGGAUAUCUUGCAGCAGGGAGGCUCAGCUGUCGAUGCUACCAUCGCUGCCUUGAUCUGUACAGCUGUCCUGAACCCGCAAAGCAUGGGCCUCGGCGGAGGUGUAAUCUUCACCAUCUAUAACGCAUCCACAGGGAAAGUGGAGGUGCUCAAUGCUCGCGAGAGGGCCCCGCAGAGGAUCUCUGGCAAUUUGAUGGCUGAGUGCAGUAAGGGUUUUCCAGUAGGGUCUCGGUGGAUCGCUGUCCCUGGGGAACUGCGUGGUUAUGAAGAAGCCCACAAACGUUAUGGCAAAUUGCCCUGGAAGACCCUGUUUGAGCCCACCAUCAAGAUCCUCGACCCUGGAAUCCAGAUCCCCAAAGUGGUGGGUCGGUUUCUCAGCCACCCCUUCAUACAGCCGCGUCUGAACAAAACGUCCUUAAGAAAACUCUUUUACAACAAGCAGGGUGCCGCCCUGAGAGCUGGAGACCUCCUUCAAUGGCCAGCCCUGGUGGAGACCCUGAGGGCUGUGGCAGAAAAAGGAGCCAAUGAGUUUUAUCAGGGAACCACAGCAGAUAAGUUGGUGCAGGACAUAGAGAAAGAAGGCAGCACCUUGUCCCUGAUAGACCUCAGGGAUUACCGAGUAGAAGUGAUGAGCCCUGUGAACAUCUCCCUGGGUGAAUACACUGUGUACUCUGCCCCACGUCCUGCAGCGGGGCCCAUUCUCCUAUUUAUCCUCAAUGUCCUCAAAGGUUUCAACUUCACCAAAGAGUCCAUAAGCACACCUAGCCAGAGUGCUGAGACUUACCACUACAUCGCAGAAACUCUGAAGUUUGCCAACGGCCAGAGAGUAAAAGUGGACGACCCACUUUUUUCCCAAACUGGAAAGGGUGUCUUGAGUGAGCUGAUCUCGGACUCCUUUGCUAGCCAAGUCAGGCAGCAGAUCGAUGAGCGGGGAGACCACCCAGCAUCCCACUACCACGCUGUCCAGGUGGGAAAGACCUCAUUUGGCACCUCCCACGUUUCCGUCCUGGCUGAAGAUGGGAGUGCUGUGUCAGCCACCAGCACCAUUAACUACCCGUUUGGGUCCAUGGUGUAUUCGCCACAGACUGGGAUCAUCUUAAACAAUGAACUCGCUGACUUUUGCAUGAAGAAGUUGAAUAGCAGUAUCUCACCAGGAGAGAUGCCCCCUUCUUCCAUGACCCCAUCCAUCCUCAUUUCCCGCAAUGGGCAGUCAAAGCUGGUGGUCGGAGGGUCAGGCGGGCAACUCAUUAUCCCUGCUGUCGCGCUGACCAUCGCUAACAAGCUGUGGUUUGGGUAUGAUGUGGACAAAGCUAUAAAGGCACCGAUUCUCUGUGCGAACAGCGGCGGCGGCAUUGAAGUAGAGAAUGACUUUGACAAGAGUGUUGAGGCGGCACUGAAGCAAAAGGGCCACGCAGUGAAGACGAUACAAUGGAGCCUGAACGUGGUGCAAGCUGUUUCUAAGGACGGCCCCUGCCUCUUCCCCUACUCGGAUGUAAGGAAAAAUGGCCAAGCCUCUGGCUAUUAGUAGCCCAGCGGCUAUUUGGCCUGAGGCAAAGCCAGAGGGCCUGGAGGACCCGUCUGCCUGCCUGCCUGCCCCUCUGCACUCUCUCAGAGCAGCUGCUGCAGCUUUGCAGCCACUUCUGGGUCUGAAAAAAACACGAACUUGUUGCAGCUGGAUCCCUCCAUCACAUAUUUCUUUUUCUCGGGGAGAGAGACAGACAGACAGACAGACAGACAGACAGAGAGUGAGAGGUGUUUACAAGAGCAGUGCUAUACUGUGGAAGAACUGAGCCAAAAAGCAGCCCUUGCUUUUGCUGCAUCCUGAGAGUGCAGGACGGAUCUUCGUCUCCCUUGCCAGCUCCUAGCACCUUCUGUCCAGGCUAUGUGUCGAGAUCCAAGGAAGAUGGGCAGCCUCGCAGGGAAGAGAAGCUGGCAUGAGUGUGUGGCAGACAAGAGAAAACCAUUUGCCAGCAUUUGCCGCUCUGUGAAAGAUCUGGGUUGUGGUGGCAGCAGCAGCAGCUGGUGGCAAAGGACCUGCCUGAGGAUAUUUUCUGCAAGCAGGCAGGCAGUGAGUCUCCUCCCCGGAUAAUGCGAUGGUUCUGGCUCCUCAGAGGAGGAGCCAGCCUGCAGAUUUCAUGAUGCCAGAGGCUGCAAAGUGCUUGGGACGAAGCUUGCCUCAUCGGCCCACAGCCAGAAAAUGAAAAACACCUCUUUGACCCUUUGGCAGCAAACCCUCAAGAGCAGACACUUGGUAGACUCUUUCCCUGUGUGGGAUCACAAGUGCUCCGGGUGAAGAGAAAGCCGCUCGAUGCAACACCUGCACCAGGUAGUGGCUCCUAGAGCAGUCAAGAUUAGCAGCUCCAAAUUGUGUUUGUGUUUAGGAGUGUGUGUGCAGAGGGCAUUGUUGAUGCCAAGCCAGGAGCUUCAUUCAGCAAAAGGACAGCUGCGCAGGAAUUGUGUUUUCUUCUUCGUGCAAGUUUGACGUGCAGAGUUCUAUAUUUUUUAAUAAAUGAAUUGUCUCCUUUUA